AUGCAAGAUGAAAUAUCUGCUCUACACAAGAAUUCUACGAGGGAGCUUGUUUGCAAACCAGAGGAUGUUGUUGUACUUACAAGCAAAUGGGUUUACAAGUUAAAGAAGAGAGUUGAUGGUACUAUUGACAGGCAUAAAGCAUGUCUGGUUGCAUGUGGUUUUUCUCAGCAAUAUGGGCUAGACUACAAGGAAAAUUUCAGCCCUGUUGCUAAAAUGGUAACAGUUCGAACAAUUAUCCCCUUGGCUGCAUACAAAGGCUGGAAAUUUUGGCAACUAGAUGUGAAGAAUGCUUUUCUCUAUGGGGAGCUAGAUCGUGAUUUCUUCACGGACCAGCUGUAG